AUGGCAGAGGAGCUGGGACUGGGCUUCGGGGAAGCAGUCCCAGAAAUGCUGCCGGAAGGUUUCAGGCACAGGCCAGAGGCCAGGUCCAGGCUAGCUGCCAGGAGCAAAGCCUGUUUGGCUCUCACCUGCUGCCUGUUGUCAUUUCCCAUCCUCGCAGGACUUAGCACCCUUCUGAUGUCUGGCCAGCUCCGGGUCCCCGGAAAAGACUGUAUGUUUCCGCCUAUAACAGAACCAAGGUCUGAACCUUCAGUACAACCAGUUUACACACCUUCUAGAGACAAACCGAGAGCACACCUGACAAUUCGGAAACAAACUCCAGCACCACAUCUGAAAAAUCAGCUCUCCGCUCUGCUCUGGGAGCAUGCCCUAGGGCUGGCCUUCACCAAGAACAGGAUGAACUACACCAACAAAUAUCUGGUGAUCCCAGAGUCAGGAGACUAUUUCAUCUACUCCCAGAUCACAUUCCGAGGGACCACAUCUGAGUGUGGUGACAUCAGCCGGGGGAGACGACCAAACAAGCCAGACUCCAUCACUGUGAUUAUCAGCAAGGAAGCAGACAGCUACCCUGAGCCUGCCCACCUCCUCACAGGGACCAAGUCUGUGUGUGAAAUAAGCAGCAACUGGUUUCAGCACCUUUACCUUGGAGCCAUGUUCUCCUUGGAAGAAGGAGACAGGCUGAUGGUGAAUGUCAGUGACAUCUCCAUGGUGGAUUACACAAGAGAAGAUAAAACUUUCUUUGGAGCCUUCUUGCUAUGA